CCUGCAAUGGCCUGCCGCUCCUGCGUCGUCGGCUUCGGCAACCUCCACGGCUGUGACGUGACCCAGGCGAGCGGUGCCUGGCCUGGCACCUCCGGAUGGAGCAAUUACAGGGCCCCCGAGCCGGGCUUCAGCUCCAGCAGCCUCACAGGCUGCCUGACAGCUAGCACCAUCCCCAGGGUGACCGUGAACCCCAGCCUGCUAGUACCUCUGGACCUCAAGGUGGACCCAGCCAUGCAGCAGCAGGAGAGCCAGAAGAAGGAGGAAAUGAAGGUCCUCAAUGAUAAGUUUGCCUCCCUGAUCGGCAAGGUGCGAGCCCUGGAGCAUCGCAACCAGCUGCUGGAAACCCGAUGGCGCUUCCUGCAGAGCCGGGACUCGGCAGCCUUUGACCUUGGACACCUCUACGAGGAGCACCAGGGCCGACUGCGGGAGAAACUGCGCGAAGUGAACCAGGAAGGGGGCCAGCUUGAGACCAAACUGCGGCAGGAGCUUGAGACGGUGAAGGCGUUUCAGAUCAGGUAUGAGGACGAGAUCUCCAAGCGCACGGACAUGGAGUUCACCUUUGCGCAGCUGAAGAAGGACCUGGAUGCAGAGUGUCUUCAACGGACAGGACUAGAGAACAAGUUAAAAGGCCUGAAGAGCUUUGUGGUCCUGAUGAAAAGCAUCUACGAGCAGGAGCUGAAGGGCCUGGCGGCCCAAGUGAAGGAUGUGUCGGUGACCGUGAGUAUGGACAGCCGCUGCCACGUGGACCUGAGCGGCAUCAUGGAGGAGGUGAUGGCCCAGUAUGACGCCGUCGCGGCUCGCAGCCUGGAAGAGGGCAAGGCGUACUCCCAGAGCCAGGUGGAAGAGCGGGCUGCCUGCUCAGCCGAGGCUGGGAACAGCCUCCAGAGAAGCCGCGGCGAGAUCGCUGACCUCAAAGUGCACAUCCAGAAGCUCCGGUCCCAGAUCCUCUCCACCAAGAGCCACUGCAUGAAACUGGAGGAGAACAUCAAGGCAGCCGAGAGCCAGGGUGAGCUGACCCUCCAGGACGCCAAGGCUAAGCUGGCCCAGCUGGAGGCCGCCCUGCAGCAGGCCAAGCAGGACAUGGCGCGGCAGCUGCGUGAUUACCAGGAGCUGAUGAGCACCAAGCUGGCCCUGGACGUGGAGAUCGCCACCUACCGCAAGCUGGUGGAGGGCGAGGAGAGCCGGAUGGACUUGCCCUCAGCCACUAUGAUCAGAUCCAUGCAGUCCAGCUCUAGAACUGCUGCCUCCAAGCAUGGCCUCUCGAGAGCCCCCUCCUGGAAAAAGAAGACCAGGGGAGACGUCGUGAUCAAAAUCACCGAAACCUCGGAAGAGUUCCUCUCGCAGGAGUCAGAGCUCUCACAGUGAGGCUGCUGCCCGGACCCCAGGAGCCCCACGUCAUUCCCCUGCAGCAGGAGGAAUACAAGCUAGACUCAAGAAAGCAGCUUGGAGCCUCUAGGUCGGGAAGGAAGCCAAACCUGA